AGCGUCCGGACUGGAAGGGGGGGAAAGCGUCCGGACUGGAAGGGGGGGAAAGCGUCCGGACUGGAAGGGGGGGAAAGCGUCCGGACUGGAAGGGGGGGAAAGCGUCCGGACUGGAAGGGGGGGGGGGAAAGCGUCCGGACAGGAAGGGGGGGAAAGUGUCCGGACUGGAAGUGGUUAAACUGUGUACGAGUGGGGAGGGUAGAUAAAUUUAAAAAAAGUGGACAAACCUUCCAGCAGAAACAGAGAAAGCUCGGCCAUCAACGGAUGAAA